UGGUUGAGUGACGCCAUUGUAAACGCAAGCAAACCCCAUCUGACGACGCUGACGGCACCUCUUUCGUCAUUCAACCCACUUCAUCUUCUUAUCGGCACCCCCAUCACCAUCUACUACGCGUACACACUUUCUCUCUCAUCCAAUCGAAAACGAUUAACGAAACUUCCACGAUGCUAUGUAUCAUCUCUCUGUAACGUUGAUGUCAUUAUUCAUGACUUCAUUCUUUCUCGUUUUCCCAUUUCCGAAACUUCCUCUCUUUUUUCAUUCUUUGACUUUUCUCUCUUGACCCGUGAUUCCCUCUCUCUAGAGGUUUCCGGAAUUGUUUCAAAGUUCGGACCUUUUCGUGAUUUACAUGGAUCUGGUUUGGGAAAUUGAGACUUUUGUUUAAUGGGUCGGUGCUGAAAAUUGAAUUUCAAAAGUGAGUUUUUUUUUUCAUUGGGAUUUUUGUUUUCUUCAAUUCUGGGUUUGGUUUGAUUUGAUUAUGCUGUUUUGGUGGCUCUGGAAAUUUAAACAAAGAACUUCUUCGUACAUGUUUUUUUUUCUUAUAGAAUUUGAAUACAUACUCAAUAGUUAAGCUUAGCUUUUCAUAUAGAGAACAGAUUAAGGCUUUUUAGUUUUUAUUGAUGUUUUAAGAAGCUUUGGAUUGGAUAGUUGAUUAUUUUCAACUUUUCUUAUAAGCUGUUUACUCUUGGAAUUUUGUGAGGUGUUACGUAUCAUAUGUCAUGUGUUUUGUGACAUGAACACUAGUUAAGGAUUUUGGGAUUCUAUACAAGAGGAAAACUUUGAAGUGUAUAAAGUUUGAGUUUUGUGAUGUAUAAUAAGAUUAUGGUAUAAGCUUGAAUAGAUUCUCAGUUUGAUUAAUGGCUAAUUCAGCUGAACCGUCGUCAUCUUUGAGUUUUACAUCAUCUUCACACUUAUCAAAUGGAUCAAUUAGUCAUAACUCGAAUGGCAACGAUUAUGCUCGUAACCUGGAGGUUAUCAGUUUGAGUAAGCUUAGUUCUAAUUUGGAACAGCUUUUGAUUGAUUCUGAUUAUGAUUAUGGUGAUGCGGACAUCAUUGUUGAGGGAGUUUCGGUUAGAGUUCAUCGGUGUAUUUUAGGUUCUAGGAGUAAGUUUUUCCAUGAGCUAUUUAAGAGAGGUAAAGAGAAAGGAUCAUCGAAGAAUGAAGGAAAAUUGAAGUAUUGCUUGAGUGAUUUGUUGCCUUAUGGCAAAGUUGGACAUGAAGCUUUUCUCAUAUUACUUAGUUAUGUGUAUACUGGUAAACUCAAACCCUCUCCAAUGGAAAUUUCUACAUGUGUUGAUAAUGUGUGUGCUCAUGAUGCUUGUGGACCUGCAAUUAGUUUUGCUGUGGAGUUGAUGUAUGCCUCUUCCAUUUUUCAAAUGCCAGAGUUGGUUUCACUUUUUCAGCGACGUCUUCUUAACUUUGUAGGGAAGGCUCUUGUUGAAGACGUCAUUUCAAUCCUUAUGGUUGCUUUCCAUUGUCAAUUGAAUCAACUCGUCGCUCAAUGUGUUGACAGGGUGGCACGAUCAGAUCUUGACCAAAUCUCAAUCGAGAAAGCACUUCCUCACGAGCUCUCCGAAAAUGUUAAAUUGUUCCGCCAUGAUCUUCAGAAGGAUGGUGAAGACGAUGCUCCCGUAAUGGACGCUCUGUCUCUAAAACGAAUCACUAGAAUACACAAGGCAUUGGACUCGGACGAUGUCGAACUUGUUAAACUUCUUUUGAAUGAGUCAGACAUUUCUUUAGAUGAAGCCGGUGCUCUCCAUUAUGCAGCAGCCUACUGUGACCCUAAGGUUGUCCCUGAAGUACUUGGAUUAGGUCUAGCUAAUGUCAAUCUUCGGAAUUCUCGAGGGUACACAGUGCUUCACAUUGCUGCCAUGCGUAAGGAGCCUUCCAUUAUAGAAUCACUUCUUACUAAAGGAGCUUGCGCGUCGGAUUUGACUUUCGAUGGUCAGAGUGCUGUUAGUAUUUGUAGGAGGUUGACAAGACCGAAGGAUUAUCACACAAAAACAGAACAAGGGAAAGAAACAAACAAAGACCGGAUAUGCAUCGAUGUUCUUGAAAGAGAAAUGCGAAGAAAUCCUUUGGCCGGAGAUCCCUCCGUGUCUUCCCAAACAGUGGCUGAUGAUCUGCACAUGAAACUUCUGUACCUUGAGAACCGAGUGGCAUUUGCAAGACUGUUCUUCCCUUUGGAAGCCAAGCUAGCCAUGGACAUUGCUCGCGCGGAGACCACAUCCGAGUUUGCCGGUCUUUCGGCAUCGAAAGGUUCAAAUGGAAACUUAAGGGAGGUUGACCUCAAUGAGACUCCCAUAAUGCAAAACAAAAGACUUAUUUCUAGAAUGGAAGCUCUAAUGAAAACAGUCGAAAUGGGGCGACGCUACUUUCCUCAUUGCUCGGAAGUGCUGGAUAAGUUCAUGGAGGUACCUGAUCUGUUUUACCUUGAGAAGGGUACCGAAGAAGAGCAAAGAAUCAAGAGGACGGCAUUCGUGGAGCUCAAGGAUGCUGUGAACAAUGCUUUCAACAAGGACAAGGCUGAAAUUAGUCGCUCUGGGAUUUCAUCUUCAUCAUCCUCAUCAUCUCUUAGAGAUUCUGUAUAUUACAAGGCUAGAAAAAUAUGAAAAAGAAACAUAGUAAGUUUUUGUUAAAGGUAUACCAACCAAGUCAUGUGAAACUGUACAAUCUCUUGCUUUCUUUUGUAACAAAUAUAUGCAAAAUACUGUCCUGUCUCUUCA